CUCUAUAUCCAUAUCAGCGCGUCCUUCUCAGACUGUCCUCGCCUUCCAAAAAGCACACAAAUAAAUCCUGGAACUUUCAUAGACUGACUAUUACGUGUUACCUCUACAAUGGAGUUUAACAGCUCCUCGCCUUUCCCGGAGGGAGUCAUAUCCUUCCUGGAUACCGAUCUGUACAAGCUCACAAUGCAAUGCGCUGUCCUAAGAUAUUUCCCUGACGUCGAAGUCACGUACGCGUUUAAGAACAGAACUCCAGAGAAGAAGCUAUCACGAGAAGCUUUCCUCUGGCUGCAGACCCAAAUCAACAGUUUGCUACCCUUUGGUCUACUCUGCGAUCGGAUUACUAACUGCACAAAUAGAGCUCGGAAACAUUGCUCUCUCUAAAGAUGAACUACGCUUCCUGCAGUCGAUGUGUACAUAUCUGAACAAGCCAUACCUCGACUUCCUUAAAGACUUUCGACUGAAUCCGCGCGAGCAAGUGGUAGCCUCGUUCACGGCUGAGAAUGAUACUGGGAGUGGGAGCGAUAUUGGAGAGGUAGACCUACAGAUCAAGGGGCUAUGGGUAGACACGAUUCUCUACGAGAUUCCCUUGCUAGCUUUAACUAGUGAAGCAUACUUCAAGUUCAUGGACACGGAUUGGACAUAUGACGGCCAGGAAGAGAAGGCUCUAGACAAGGGACUGCAUCUGUUGGAGGCAGGCUGCGUUGUUUCGGAGUUUGGCACGCGGCGGAGGAGAGAUUACCACACGCAGGCGCUGGUAUUUCGAGGGCUUGUGAAGGCAAAGAAGGAGGGAGAGGCCAAGGGCUUGACUGGUCAAAUCGCUGGAACAAGCAACGUUCAUCUAGCUAUGCGAUUCGGAAUUCCUCCAAUUGGCACUGUCGCACAUGAAUGGUUCAUGGGGGUUGCAGCAAUAACUGGAAAUUACGAGGCAGCUACAAAAGCUGCGCUGAGUUAUUGGGUUGGGUGCUUUGGAGAGGGUGUUCUAGGAAUUGCUCUCACCGAUACAUUUGGCACACCGAUCUUCCUAAGGGCUUUUAACGAGCCUAUUGGGGAACUUCCCAAGCCAGCAAUCUCGGAUAGCACAGACAUAUCAGAUGCUGCUCCUGUAAAGGCUUCUACUAAUACUUUCGCAGAAGUGUUCACUGGCGUUCGGCAAGAUUCUGGAGACCCAGCUAAUUUCGUCAAGGUAAUGCGAGAAUUCUACGACAAGGCAGGUAUCACAUCAAAGAAGACCAUUGUCUUCUCAGAUUCCUUGAACAUCGACCUGUGUCUCGAGUACAAGAAGAUCUCUGAAGAAGCAGGCUUCGAUUGUUCAUUCGGCGUUGGGACAUUCUUCACAAACGACUUUCUCCACCUUAAGACUGGAAAGAAGUCUACCCCUCUUAAUAUCGUCAUCAAGCUAAGCUCUGCAGCUGGCAACCAGGCGAUCAAGAUCAGCGACAAUAUCGGCAAGAAUACAGGCGAUCAGGAGACAGUUAAGAAGGUCAAGAAGGAGCUUGGGUAUGAAGAAAAGGAUUGGAGUUUAGGCGACGAGGCGCAUAGAUGGGAGAAGUGAAGUGAAGUGAAGCAGGAUACAGAUAGUAUUGACGGAGGGAUUUGGCGUACAUUUUAUCGGGCGUACUUGGAUUAGAAAGACUACAGCUGUAGCUCGCUGCUACCUUACUCUGGCGGCAUUUCUAGAAAUACCCCUGGAAACGCACAGUAGACAUAUGCCUGCCUGCUAUUAAUAUACCACUCAACGUUACCUAGUUGUUUAUAUUAUGUGGCUCCUU